AGACCCAAGAAGCGUACGCUUCCAUAUUCUCGAGCAUCAGGACGAGAGUAGAGCACGUGCUACGUUGCCGGUCCCCGCGCACACGACACGCGUCGCUCGUGCGAAAAAUUGUGUAAGAUUUUUUCGCCAAAAAACCUUCCUGCUUUAUUGCGCUCUUGCGUCGAUCAUUGUUUGUGCACAACAGAGGUUAAAAUAUGAAUGCCGAGAAGCUUAAGAAACUUCAGGCCCAAGUGCGAAUCGGCGGCAAAGGUACACCCCGACGCAAGAAGAAGGUUGUGCACGCAACUGCAGCCACAGAUGACAAAAAGUUACAGAGUUGUCUAAAGAAGCUUUCUGUAAAUACAAUUCCCGGUAUAGAAGAGGUUAAUAUGAUCAAAGAUGAUGGCACAGUGAUUCACUUUAACAAUCCAAAAGCACAAGCCAGUCUUUCUGCUAAUACAUUUGCCAUCACUGGUCAUGGUGAAAAUAAACAAAUAACAGAGAUGUUGCCGGGAAUUCUGAGCCAACUUGGCCCAGAGGGUCUGACACAGCUUAAACGAUUAGCGAGUACAGUUGCCGGCAGCGCUGUUGGUAAAGCUACUUUGGAAGAGGAUGAUGAGGUGCCUGACUUAGUCGAGAACUUUGAUGAAGCUAGCAAAGAAGAGGUUGCUCCAAAGAAGGAUUUAGAUGAAAAUGAUAAACCUAAUGGCGACAAGAAAGAUGCCAUUAUCAUUGAAGAGAAGAAAGAAGCUCCAUUAGCUACGCCUGAGGCUUAAGAAAGGAUGUCGAGAUAUUUCAUAUAAUGAAAUAGGUGUGUAAUUGACGAGUCAAAAGAAGUGUGAAUUGUAAAAGCAAUGCAUAAACGAAGCAUAACUAUGCACACGUUAUAAAUACUUGACAUACACAUAUGAUACUUGCUAAUAUAAGUAACAGUUGAUAAGAAAUAAAAAGCUGUUACAAAAAUCAAAAAAAUAUUCCCCAUCAAGAUUUUUUUUAUUUUGGUGCAAUUAUUAAAGAUAGUUUUUGAAUUAGCAAAAAUACUCUUUAAGUCUGUAUCAGAUUACAUAUUGGAAUUCAGUUAAUACUUCUUAAUACUGACUCGUUUUCUAUUGACCUGGAUGACCCAAUUUUUAAUUCACAAUUCUCAAUCUCCAAUGUACAAUCUGAUAUGAGCUUCACUCGCCAGUUAAUAUCGUGUGACGCUUUAAACGUUUAAAAUGUCUAACUGCACUUGGGCAUUGAGUUCAAGAUUAUAGAAUUGUAACAGAGAACUAAUGUGUUAUGAAAUUUAUUAUUAAUGCAUAAAUAGAAAUGCUUCUUUUCCUUAGAAAUUACAUUGAAUUUUACAUAAUUAUGUAAUUACAUUGAGAGAACCUUUAUUUUAUCCUAAUCAAAUGUAAUAUCUAUUAGUGGCACACAGAAAUAUGUCAAGGAGAAAUAUAUAAAACAUUUAAUCUAAUUUGUAAUGUUAUGCAGAAUGUCUCACUUUUACCAUACUUUUGCUCGCAAACAUUUUAACGAGUUUGAAGUAUGUUUUUCUUACAAAUUUUUUUCUGCACUUUAAAGAUUUUAAUAUCUUGUUGAUUAUUUGCAUUGAGUUGACUGAUUUAUCUUGGGUGAUAUCUAUAAUGUGAAUAAAGUAAUACAAUCUAAUUCUGGCCCUAAUAUAUAGAUUACAAAAAUCAGUAUGAAAGGGGGGCUUAUGUCAGAUGUUCACACAAAUUUGUCUUUAUUUAUGUAUAUUGAAAACAAACGUUUCGAUCAUUGAUGUGAUUCUCUUCAGUAUUUUUAACACCAAUCUUUUUAAAUUUAAAAUUUUUAUGUUUCUGCCUAUUAUACAUAUAUGUACAUAAUAAAAUUUGAAGACAGCGAACAACACAGUAAAGUAGACUCACAGGCUAGAAUAUACUCACACGGAAGAGAAUCGAAUCUGUUGACCAAAACGUUUAACAAAACACAUAAAAGAUAUAUUUAUGCGAACAUUUCGUCUUACAGUCAAUAUUCUCGCAUAAUCCAAUUAUACAUUACAUAUGUAUAUGUUUUUCUUUGACAAUUAUAUUAUGAAUAUCGUAAAUCUUGACAUAUAUUUACGACAUAUAUAUGAUGCUGUAAGCCUCUUUUUUUUAUGUCUAUAUUUUAUUGAUGAGUGUACGUCCUGGAUUUGUUCUUUAGAUUGUUAUCCAUUUCAAAGUUAGAAGAUCCAUUAUUUUAAGUCAAAGAUUGUUUUACAGAUAUUUGUCAAUAGAUAUUCAAUAGAAUUAACUGUAUUAUUAUUAUGAUAGUUUGUAAAACUUGAUUUUCGUUACUUGUUUCAAUUACUGUAAACAAAUUAAUUUACUUUGAAAUGUAUUAUGAAAUAUUUGAUGUUGUCAUUUCACUAGUUAUUAAUUUUUUAGCGGUAAACUUUGUGGAUUUAUAUCCAAUAUUAUACUUAAGUCAAUGUUCUGACUGUCUGUAGGCUUGUCAGUAGGCAAUUGAUUUAUUCGCUUACUCUCUGUAUGUGAGAUACUUUCCUACAGUUGAUUGAGAAAAAAAACAGGAAUUGAUUCUGUGUAAGAAGAGAAGAUCAAAGGAAAAGAAUUUUGUACAAACAUAACGAAUUAUUUCUAUUAUGUCUAACAGAAACUUACAAAUUACAGCACAUAUUGUCAGAUCUAUGCAUGAAGGUUGAUUAAUAAGUUCUCUAAAGUUCUCUAUUUUAUGCACACUUUUAUCGAUAAGUUAUACAAUAAAUGAAAUGAUUAUUAAAAUA